CACUCCACUUCGUUACUUCAACACCUCUCACAAGGCUGAGGCCUUCGUCCUUCACUCCUUGCCUUGCCGCCUUCACUGGUUGCCUUCCUGCACGUCUUUGUCACCUGCAUUCUCCUUGCGUCGUGCCUCUGCUCUCUAGCACAUGGAUCUGUUGGAAAUGAACGCCGUUCAAGCCGUGCAUGGCAGUACUUCGCAGCCAAAUCAGCCUCCUCUCAAAUUAAUGGUGAUUGGUGCACGCAAAGUGGGAAAAACGGCAUUAAUCAAGAAGUUCGUCGACGGCGAAUUCCCCGUGUCCAAUCCUACUACGAAGGAGGAGCGAUGUAGAAAGUCAAUCACACUUGAGAACCAGAAAUAUACUCUGGAGAUCACCGACACAGGGAGUGGGGAUACGUGGGAGGAUCAAACGAUAAAGGAGGCUCAUGGAUUCCUUUUAGUCUAUGACCUCUGUAAGAAGUCGACGUUCGAGAAGAUAGCAGAGCUACAUGACAAGAUACACAAGGCGGACGCAGAGGCUGCCGUUUUCGUGGUUGGAAACAAGUUGGAUAGGAGCGACGAACGUGAGGUCUCCACAGAGGAUGGAAGUAAAGAAGCCGAACGCUUGGGCUGCAAAUUUGGGGAGGCCACAGGCAAGACCAACGUUGAGUGGGUGUUUUUGACCGUCGUUAAACUCGUCGUUCAACGCGCCAUUAAACGCCGUGAAUUGUCUUCAUCCAGCAGGGAUAUGGGUGUGACUAGCGAAGGAGGGGCGGACAGUUGGUUUGAGACUUUGGCACUCUGUUUGGGAAUAGAUAGCAUUGUCAAGCAAUAGAAGCGUCCGCCAACCUGAUUCUCAUGGUGGAGUGGCUUUUGCUCUCCAGAAGGUUGGGAUAAGGUCUCCAAAGGGUAGCAGACGUCUAGAGCUCACGCUCUGAUUGCUUUUGGCUGGAUCCGGCCGAAAAUCUUUAUCACCCUCCGAAAGCUUGGGCAAUGAAGUGAUCCGCCCAACGCAGCGGACAAAAUUGGGAACUGUGAUCCAAAACGGUAUGAUCCCUU